AGCGCCGCUAGUCGGUCAGUUCGCUAUAACCGCUUCCUCUUCGUAGUUUCCUCCUCACUGCAUGAUGGCUGCCGCCUUGAGGGGAAGCAUUGUAUCAUUGGCCAAGGGCCUGAGUGGUGCCCGGUUACAGCCGCUCUGCGUCCGCUCGCUGAGCCUGACGGCCAGUCGGAAUGCUUCCUUGGAAUCUCCCCCAGCACGAGCCGACAGCACCUUCAAAGUCACCAUGGUGCCGGGUGAUGGGGUCGGACCGGAGCUCAUGACUGCAGUCAAAGAGGUUUUUAAGGCAGGUGAUGUACCUGUGGAGUUUGAAGAGUUCCACCUGAGUGAAGUGCAGAACAUGGCCAGCGAAGAGAAGCUGAACGAGGUUCUUACCUCCAUGAAGAACAACAGGGUUGCCAUGAAAGGAAAGAUCCACACCCCAAUGGAGUAUAAAGGAGAGCUGGCAUCCUAUGAGAUGAGGCUAAGGAGGAAGCUGGACCUGUUUGCUAAUGUGGUGCAUGUGAACAGCCUGCCCGGUUACAGCACACGCCACAAUAAUCUGGACCUGGUGAUCAUCCGGGAACAGACGGAAGGAGAAUACAGUUCACUGGAGCACGAGAGUGUGGCAGGAGUGGUGGAGUGUCUGAAGAUCAUCACCAGGGAGAAAUCUCGCCGCAUCGCCAAGUUUGCCUUCGACUACGCCACCAAGAAGGGCCGCAGCAAAGUAACAGCCGUACACAAAGCCAACAUCAUGAAGCUUGGAGAUGGCCUGUUCUUGCAGAGCUGCGCUGAGGUUGCUGAGCUUUACCCCAAGAUCAAAUAUGAGAACAUCAUCAUUGAUAACUGCUGCAUGCAGCUGGUCCAGAAUCCAUACCAGUUUGAUGUUCUGGUGAUGCCCAAUCUCUAUGGCAACAUCAUCGAUAACCUUGCAGCAGGCCUGGUGGGCGGAGCUGGUGUGGUACCAGGAGAAAGCUACAGUGCGGAAUAUGCUGUGUUUGAGACGGGGGCCAGGCACCCAUUCGCUCAGGCUGUAGGGAGGAACAUUGCUAACCCUACUGCUAUGCUUCUUAGUGCUGCUAACAUGCUCAGACAUCUCAAUUUGGAGUAUCAUUCUAACAUGGUGUCUGAAGCUGUCAAAAGAGUCAUAAAACAGGGCAAGGUGCGGACGCGAGAUCUUGGUGGUUACAGCACUACUGGUGACUUUGUCCGUGCAGUUGUUGCCAACCUGCGUCAUCGGCCCCCUCACUGAGGACCUCCCCUCUCUCUGUUUCACCUCCCCCUGCGCUUUUCUUUUUUUAUUUUUCAGUCAGUCCGCUGUUUUAAACCUGUUGCCGCAUUCACAAAAGCAUCUCUAGGAAUUUCACAACUCAGAACUUCUUAAAGAACAUCUUUCUUUCCUAACUUUUCUCAGGAACAAUUCUAAGUGCUACUCUUGGAAAAAAUGUUCUUAAAUAAACACCAACGUCUCCUACUGUCUAUGAUGGGCUAUUAAAUGUAAUGGAUGUCAAAAGGUUACUUGAUAGAUAACUUAUUAUCUUCUUAAGAAACUAUUUAAUACUUUUUUUUUAUUAGUAUAUAUGAUAACUUUGUAAGGUUUUGAUUUGUUUUGGGUUUUUUUGAGACUGCUAUUAAAGAACAGUGGGCCUCAUUCACCAAUAUCUUCCCAAGUUUUCUCUUAAAUGUGUUCUUGAGAAAGAUCCUGAGAAAAAGUCUGCGUCAGACCUAUGUCGUGUUCUUAAACCACAGAAUUAUUUGCAGCUUUGUGCUCUUGAGUGUGUGUAGAUUCUGUUCUUACCCAAGAACAAAUUCCAGAUAAGAAAACACUGGCAAAAGUCAGAAUCUUUGUAAAAAGUGCGCAAGUGGGUUUUAAGAAGAAAUUCCAUCUAAAGAACGGUUGGUGAAUGAGGCUUUCAGUGUUUGUCCUUUUUUCUUUGCAGAUGUUUUGUGAAUACGGCUCCUGGUCUGUCUCGGCUCAGUCUUGAUUCUCCGUCUGGUCACUUCCCCUAGCCACUUCCCCUAGUUACUGCCAUUGCUUUGCAAACCAAUUUCAUAUAGUUUUCUGGCACAUUUGGCCUCCUUUUCUUGCUUCCAUCUAACAUCUGCUGCUCUUUCUAUUAUCUGUGCUUUUUAACUCUUGAUUUUGGAGUAAGCAAAAAAACGCACCUGUUCAGAAACCUGUGCCAUAUCCACCCAACAUUACCCAACAAACCCAAAGUGUCUGGGUGGAUUUUUAUAUUGACAUUGGGUUAUUUGGUGUGGGCCUCAUUUCCUGUUUUCAUGAAGGCUCAAACAUCUGGCCGCUGGCGUUUGUUGGAUUGUAUUGGUACAGUGUAAGUGAUAUAUAUCGUUCCUUGUGAGCGCAGUCGCUUAUAUGCUGUAUCAGAAUACAUGGGUCACUGGCUCUGUUUCUGAUGACUGCUCUCUCAGUGAGUUGGUGGUCAGCUGUGUGGAGCUGGACACUGACCGGCCGUCUUUCUCUGGAGCCAGUUAUUGAUUAACCCACUCCAGUGCUUCCAGUCAGGAUGCCUGCAAACCAGUGCAUCAGGCACAUACAUGAGGAACUGAAGAGGGCCAAUUGCUUCUUCAUUCAGUUGUAUUGUCAUACAAAGACUGAUUUAUAGCUGUGUUUGAAUGAAGGAUUUCUACUGUCAGUGUUUUUAGGGACCUAUUAUCAGGUUGGUUGACAAGACAAGGUUUCUGGACUUAUGUUCCGGAUUGUAACAACAUUGGCAUCAAAACACCAAGCAAGUUAAAUGAACACUACUGUAAAAACAGAUGUUGGAGGCCAAAACAAGCAGAAAAGUCUUUAUCUGCAGUGUGUUAGUCAUCCCUGUCCAAGUCAGCCCAGUCUAAAUCAGUGCCUGGUCUUUUUUUCAUUUCAUUAUAUGGGAGGAAAUGGUUGUAUUUUUCCUCACAGAGCUAAUUUUCAAGCUGCUUAGUGUCCAGUCAUUUGUGUCCACCAGUUGACGCUGUAAAUAAAUUGUUGUCACUCUGUAAAUCUGCUCUGUCUUAACAAUCAUGGUGUGAAAUCAAGUAAUAAAAUAUGACAUGAGACCUGUA